AUUGAAUAUUUGGUAUAUAAGCAGGAGCAUGGUGAGACCAAGGUAAUCAAAAUACAAAAGAUUCUCGAGCAGUCGUGGGAGAAGCCAACGGAGGAAAAGGUUAAGGAAGUUAUGGACUCCUUAAAGCAGGAUAAUCCAACCUAUUUCAAUAUUCAAUUGCGGAACAUUAUGGGCACCAUUACGCAGCGCCAGCCCUCGUCAAUCGAGGUUGAUACAGAUUAUGGCGAGCUGACUGUUCAGUUGGACAGCGUUGAAUCGACCUUCUUACCCAGAACGGGUGAUGGGAUUACGCUGGUAUGCCAAGUGCAGCUGGAUGAAGGGUAUGUGGAUCAACAGGGCGAAAUACUGGAGGUAAAGAAGCUAUUUCCCACAAUCCUCGAAGAGAAGCAGAAGUGCACAGUCGAGCGGGUCUACGAGGAGUUGAUAGUGCUAUCAUCGCUGGCUUAUGUACUUAAGGAAGAUGUGCCAAUAGGAAGUCAAUUGCAUCUGGGCGACAUUGUCCAAGCAGAUCUGAUCGAGUGCAAAUAUGGUAGAUACUCUCGACGCGCCAUCAAAUUGGUUGUGCUGGAGAAAAACUUUGGCGAGAUCACGAGAAAUCAAAUAAGCACCACUGCCGAAGACAAAAGAGCAGUUGCCGUCGAGGGCGUGGAUCGCUUCAUCUAUACAGAGCUGUGGAGAAAGCACCAUGUGACACUUCGCCUCAAAAAUGUGGGCACUCGGGACUUCGAGCUGCGCUCCAUUUAUGUACCAAACUCGACAGAGUCACAGAUCCGUAUUGUGGAGCCUGUUAGUUCGCGCACCAUUACAGUUGGCAACCACAUUUCACUGGUUUUCGAGGUGCACACCAAGUUCAUGGGCGAAUCGAAGGAGUACUACUGCAUGAAGUUCGAUGCGUUUAAGCUGACUCAUUUUCUGACCGUCGUCGUCUGCGAAACGGAAGAUGAGGCUAUCGAGGCGAACCGUCGUAUGAUUGCUUCCCAACAGCUCAUGGUUAAUGGACGCAGUGUACAGCAACGGUCCCGCUUCUAUACCUUUCAGGUCUAUGCAAAUAAAUCUCCGUUGGUGCCGGGCGAAUCGAUAGCUACCAAGCGCCGCUUUGUGCCGGUGUAUCUUGGAGCCUAUGAAGUGCCAGACAAAAUGUGCGCCAUAGUGCUUAAGACGGACACGAUUAAGGGUGUGUGGAAACUCUUGGGCGCUCAUUAUCCGUUUCUCAAUGGGAACUUUAACUUUGUCAAUUAUGUACAACGCUUUUCAGCUAUGCUGCACCUAGAGGAAAUUGACUACAGCAUUAGCUUUCGGAACUAUGACCGCGAGCGAGCUCACUUCAUUCGCGAAGGUGAAUUUCUCUCGCUAUAUAUAGAGAACCUUGCGGAACGUCGUCCGUCGCUGGUACUGGGCGACACAGUGAAUGCGAUCAAUCCCUGGUUGGAGCCGGACAGCGAGGAUAAAAAGUUGUUCCAGGGCGUCGUGCACAAGGUUUUCUUCAAUAGAGUGCAUCUAAAGUUUCACGCCAACUUUCAGCAGAAAUAUAAUGGCGAGGAUUAUCGUCUGGAGUUCCACUUCUCACGUUUCGCUUUUCGGAAACAGCAUCAUGCUUUACCCCGCGUUUGCGACCUAAUGGGCGAAAACUUUCUGUUUCCCAGCAAGGUUGUCAAACGCAACCAAAUUCAACUGGAUAUCACUUUCAAGAAUGAUGAAAUGUAUCUAGGUAAUCAGAAGCUAAAAUGGUUUAACACCUCGCUCAACCCCAUCCAAAAGCGGGCUGUUUUCCAAGCACUGAGGGGCGAGACGUAUCAAAUGGCCUAUGUCAUCUUUGGACCACCAGGCACGGGUAAAACUGUAACUCUAGUGGAGACCAUCUUGCAGCUGGUGCACAAUGUGUCCGGUUCGCGUCUUCUUGUGGGCACACCGUCUAACAGCUCUGCUGAUCUGAUCACCAAACGCAUUAUUGAAAGCAAAGCCUUGACUCAUGGUGACUUUGUGCGCCUUGUCUCGCAAAAUCAGGUGGAGAAGGAUCUUGUGCCGCCAGAUCUAGCGCCCUACUGUGCUACAGUAGACAUUGGCAUAAUUGACUCCACGCACGAUAGCAUGAUUGUUACGGACUCUGGUUUGAAGCUGCGCUGCCAGGCCAAGUUUUUGGGCAAGCAUCGCAUUACCAUCAGUACUUGCACUACACUUGGCAACUUCAUCCAAAUGGAAUUUCCUCGGGACCAUUUUACGCACGUCCUGAUCGAUGAGGCGGGUCAAUGCACAGAGCCCGAGACGAUGGUGCCUAUUGCCCUUCUAGCCAAGAAGCGCAAUCAGGUUAUUCUGGCCGGGGACCCUUACCAGCUGCAAGCGAUUGUGACCAGUCGCUAUUCAAACGAAAUGGGUCUAAAUGUCUCGUUUCUGGAGCGGCUGCUCCAGACUCCGCCGUAUCGCAGGGAUCUGCAACGCUUUCCCCACAGUUCGGGCUAUAAUCCAUGUCUGCUGACCAAGCUGCUGUACAAUUAUCGCGCACUGCCCUCCAUCAUGUGUGUGUAUAGCAAACUCUUCUAUGACGACGAGCUUGUCUCCAUGAUCUCCGAAAAGGAUUCACGCGAGGCGCGUUACCUGGCCGAACUGCAGGCAGUCUUUGAGCCCCAUGUGGAUAUGCCGUGCACUCAUGGCACUUUCUUUUACGGCAUAAUGGGUGAAAAUUUGCAGGAUUUGGAUUCGCCCUCCUGGUAUAAUAAUGAUGAAGCUCGCGAGGUCUUUCUACUGGCCGUCGCGUUGUUUCGUCGCAAUGUGCCUACAGAUCAUGUUGGCAUUUUGACACCUUAUGCCAAACAGGUGAAAGUUCUGCGCUCCUUGUUCAUUACUGCCAACAUGAGCAUGCCCAAGAUUGGCUCCGUGGAGGAAUUUCAGGGUCAGGAACGCGACAUCAUGCUCAUAUCCACGGUGCGCUCCUCUGAGUCCAACUUGAGAUCUGAUGCGCGCUAUAAUUUGGGCUUUGUACGUUGCAACAAACGCAUGAAUGUUGCCAUCUCUCGUUCCCGUUGUAUGCUGGUCAUCUUUGGUAAUCCUCUCCUGCUCUCUGUCGACGAUUGCUGGCGCCAUUUGAUUCUCUUCUGUGCCAACAACAAUGCUUACUUUGGCUGUGAAAUGCCAGAGUCGAUUUGUCGUCAGGGGGAAGAAUCGGACGACGCAAAUAAUUCUGAUUUGGUGCCUUAAGGACAAUGGACCAUGUCUACUAAAAAGCUAGAUUUAUCCAAAGUUUCAUAUACUUAAAGACAAAACAAAAAUGAAUAACUGACGAAAUUUUUUACUUUUUAUUUUUACUUGCAUAGAUAUGUAAGCAUUCCUUAUUGACUUAACAAUUUACCUAGAAUUACUGAAGUUGAGAUUGCAAAGAAAUUUGUACUUUUUCGAAACCAAUAAAAUUUG